AUAGAAUGUGAUGAAUUAUUUGUGAGCCUUGUUUGAUAGUCACCACAUCAAAGAUUGUAGGUUGUUUGAAGGCCCAAUCAUGUGUGAAGAAAAUGAAGCCCAGCACAAGGGGCCCAAUCCGUGAGUAGUGAGUGGUGACUUAGGAUGGCGCCACGUAUUAGUAGUGGAACACGUGGCCCCAUAGUAUAUCUCCACGUGACCUACAAUCUUUAGUUUCGGUGCAUUUUCUCAGGAUCUCAUCAACUUACUCAGCUCUCCUCUUUUUCUUUUAUUUUAUUUUAUGUAUCUCUUCUCCGAUCCUCGUACGUUUCUUCACUCGAUUCAUGCAUUUCUGUGAUUACAAUUCUCAUCUACAGAUACAGAUCAUCAAUUAGGUAAUUAAGAAUGUCGGGCGUGUCCGUAGGCGUGGCAGCGCCGAAGCAGCAGCCGGCGUCGGCGGGCGGCGUGAUGGGGUCCCUCCGCGUGAUCGAGCUGCAGCUGGUGGCCUUCAUCAUGAUCUUCUCGGCGAGCGGGCUCGUGCCGCUCCUGGACCUGGUGUUCCCGGCGCUGGCCUCGGCCUACUUGAUCGCGCUGUCGCGGUUCGUGUUCCCGUCGGCGGGGAAGGGCGGCGGGGAGUCGGCGGAGAUAUUCCACGGCAGCCGGGUGUUCCGGGUGUACGUGGUGGCGGGGACGACGGUGGGGCUGUUCCUGCCGCUGGCGUACGUGCUGGGGGGGUUCGCCCGGGGGGACGAGCACGCGGUGCGGUCGGCGACGCCGCACCUCUUCCUGCUGUCGUUUCAGAUACUGACGGAGAACAUCAUCAGCGGGCUGUCGCUCUUCUCGCCGCCGGUGAGGGCGCUGGUGCCCAUGCUCUACACGGUGCGCCGGAUCUUCGUGGUGCUGGAUUGGAUCAACGACGUGUGGGUCAACAAAACACUCCCUGCUAAUGCCCAAUUAAGCGAGGUGGGGUGGUUCUGGUUUGGGAGGUGGUUGGCGGCGUUGAAUAUGGCUUAUUUCUCAGUGAAUUUGUUUUGCUUUCUGAUACCGCGGUUUUUGCCGCGGGCGUUUGAGAGGUAUUUUAAAGAGAGAGACGAGACGCAGGCCAAGAUGGCUCAUGAUAAGGCUUCCGCUAAGUUGAAUGCAUCCCCUAAAUCAGACAAAAAGGCUGAUUGAUUAUCAAACUCUCUCUCUUUCUCUAGUGGUGUGUGUGUGUGUGAAGUUGCAUUGUAAGAAGUUGGUAGUUUCGUUUUGGCGACUAAUGAAUGUAUCUACUUGUAUUUUGCUCCCAUUUGAUUGCUUUUGAAUUAACUAGCCUUUCGUGAAUGGGGAUUUUUGAGCUACUAUGUGGAAUUUGUUUACUUUCGAUUUCA